AUGGACAAGUUUCAGAGCAGAUACACGAGAUUCGGUUUAAUGUCGAUCUUCAUUGGAUCAAUCGCACUUGUAUUUGUGAUCUCUCGGUGUUCUACUUCUUUCUUCGACUACUCUCUUCGGAAAUUUGAAUUCUCGUUCCCAGAAAGUGAGCUUCCGAGAAGCGUUUACACAUCAGGAGAACAAAACAGAGUCGUUGAUUCUCGAGACGUCUCUCAACAACAGAUCCUCUUCAUCAGAUCGAGUAACACCAGUUCGCAGAGGAAGCCGAAGAAGCUAAGUCGGAGAAAAAUGGUAGAACAAGGAUUGGGCAAAGCAAGGGCAUCGAUUCUCGAAGCAGCUUCGAAUCGUGACGCUACAUUGUUCAACAUCGACCUUCCCAAUCCACAAGUCUAUCGUAAUCCCUCUGCUCUAUAUCGGAGUUACUUGGAAAUGGAGAAGAGGUUUAAGGUGUAUGUAUACGAAGAAGGCGAGCGACCGUUAGCUCACGACGGACCGUGCAAGAGCGUAUACGCGGUCGAAGGCAGAUUCAUAACGGAGAUGGAGAAAAGGAAGACCAAGUUCCGUACAUACGACCCGGACCAAGCCCAUGUCUACUUCCUGCCUUUCAGUGUUACUUGGCUGGUCAGAUACUUAUACGAAGGCAACCACGACGCAAAGCCUUUGAGAACUUUUGCUUCUGAUUACAUCAGAUUAAUAUCCAUUAAUCACCCUUUCUGGAAUCGAACCAGUGGAGCUGAUCACUUCAUGCUUGCUUGUCACGAUUGGGGACCUCUCACUUCAAAAGCAAAUAAAGAUCUGUUCAACAAAUCAAUCCGAGUGUUGUGCAAUGCUAAUUCGUCAGAAGGGUUUAACCCUACAAAAGACGUGACUCUACCUGAGGUCUCACUCCACGGCGGUGAAGUCCAUCCGCAACUCAGGUUCUCUAAAACCCUAAUGGCUUCCCCACGGCCACACCUAGCGUUCUUCGCAGGCGGAGUCCACGGACCGGUUCGACCGAUCCUUUUAAAGCAUUGGAAACAGCGUGACCCGGACAUGCCCGUAUUCGAAUACCUUCCUAAGCACUUGAACUACUACGACUUCAUGAGAAGCUCUAAGUUCUGUUUCUGUCCCAGUGGCUACGAGGUAGCAAGCCCUAGAGUCACCGAAGCCAUCUUCUCCGAGUGCAUCCCUGUUAUUCUCUCUGUUAACUUCGUUUUGCCCUUCAGUGAUGUUCUUCGUUGGGACACUUUCUCCGUACAAGUUGACGUUUCAGAGAUUCCUAGGUUGAAGGAGAUUCUCAUGUCCAUCUCUGACGAGAAAUACGAAUGGCUUAAACGUAAUUUGCGGUACGUGAGGCGACAUUUCGAGCUUAACGAUCCACCUAAGAGGUUCGAUGCGUUUCACAUGACACUUCACUCCAUUUGGCUACGUAGGCUUAACUUGAAGCUCACGUAAGGAGAACGGAUCAUAUAGGUCAUAUAUAUAAAAAAAAACUGUCCAGUUAGGUUUAUCUAACUCAUAGCCUCAGAAAGUGUAG